AGGGUUUAAAAAGAAAGCGGGUUUAGAUAUUUUAUUUAUUAAAAGCGACAGGUUUGUGUGUGUUAAUUUCAAAAACUUGAAUUUCACACUGAACAAAGCCAUCGUUGGAGCUUAGCGCUCUCUCUCUCUCUCUCUGUCUCGCAAAAUGGACAUCUCCAAGGACCAAAUCACCACUCUUCUUGAUCAUGGCCUCUUCGACUCUGCUCAAAUGCUCGGUUGUUUUCUCGUUUCAUCAUCGGCUGUAAAUGGCGAAGCCAGUCCACAACUGAAGGCGGAAAAUCUAAUUCUUCUUGGUGAUGCGUUAUUUCGCGAUAGAGAGUUUCGCAGAGCAAUUCAUGUUUACAAGCAAGCCUUGCAAUAUUACAAGACUGUUCCCAAACAAAACUCAACAAGUUCUAGAAGUCCUUUGCCCUCAUCAAACAGAUCUUCUUCUCCAAAUUCUGUCAACAUUUCAGCAAUUAAUGAAAAUGAGGUGAAGUAUAAGAUUGCAUCAUGUUAUUUUGCUCUGAGUGAGGGUAAAGCAGCUCUUGUUGAGCUAGAGGGAAUUCCAAUCAAAGCAAGAAACUUGCAGAUGAGUCUAUUAAUGGCAAAGGUUUACCGGAAUUCUAGACAUAACCGUGGGGCUGUGACUUGUUAUAAAGAGUGUUUAAGGCACUCCCCUUAUGUCCUUGAGGCAAUCACAGCUUUGGCGGAGUUAGGAGCUUCGGCAAAGGAAAUCAUUUCAUCGUUUGUUCAGACUCCUAAUAGAAGUUCAAAGCCUCCAUUUGAUCAUACUGACUCAAGUCGCUGGCUGCAACGUUAUGUUGAAGCACAGUGUUGUAUUGCAUCUAAUGACUACAAAGGUGGUUUGGAACUCUUUGUCGAGCUUUUACAACGUUUUCCUAAUAACACACACUUAUUACUUGAAAUUGCAAAGGUUGAAGCAAUUAUUGGAAAGAAUGAUGAGGCCAUAAUAAAUUUUGAAAAGGUUCGAUCAAUUGAUCCUUAUAUCAUAGCGUACAUGGAUGAGUAUGCAAUGCUUCUAAAGAUGAAGUGUGAUUAUGCAAAGCUAAGCAAAUUAGUGCAUGAUUUGCUGACUAUUGAUCCUUCAAGGCCAGAAGUUUUUGUGGCCUUGUCUGUGCUGUGGGAAGGGAAAGAUGAGAGAGCAGCACUAUCUUAUGCUGAAAAGAGUAUCCGAAUUGAUGAGAGGCACAUACCAGGUUAUAUAAUGAAGGGUAAUCUGCUUUUAUCUAUGAAGCGACCAGAAGCAGCUGUAAUUGCCUUCAGAGGAGCUCAAGAAUUGAGACCUGAUCUUCGCUCUUAUCAAGGUUUGGUCCAUUCUUAUUUGGCAUUCUCAAAAGUCAAGGAGGCUCUUUAUGCUGCCAGGGAGGCAAUGAAGGCAAUGCCUCAAUCUGCAAAGGCUUUAAAAUUAGUUGGGGAUGUACAUGCAAGUAAUGCUAGUGGCCGAGAGAAGGCAAAAAGAUUCUAUGAAUCUGCACUCAGACUGGAACCUGGUUACCUGGGAGCUGCUUUAGCUUUGGCUGAGCUCCACGUCAUUGAGGGCCGAAAUGGAGACGCUGUAUCUCUGCUUGAGAGAUAUCUCAAAGAUUGGGCUGAUGACUCCCUUCAUGUCAAGCUGGCUCAAGUAUUUGCUGCCACAAAUAUGCUGGAAGAGGCUUUAUCACAUUAUGAGGCUGCUUUGAGAAUAAACCCACAGAAUGAAGCUGCAAAAAAAGGGUUAGAGCGCUUGGAGAAGCAGAUGAAGGGAGUGGAUCCUGAUGCUCCUGAGGAAGAUGAAGAGAACGAGGUUGAGGAUGCUGAUGGAGAUCAGGAAGAGACUGAGCUUUUGUGAAGCUAAACUACACUAAAAGAAGCUUGAGAGAAGUUACACUUUUUGCGAGAAAAAUGUCAUGUAAUGCCAUGUUGUGCCAUGCUAACAACACGUGAGAGCAAACUGUCAACCAGGUAUCACAUUUUUCAAGUAACUUAUCCAAAACGAUGGUUGAAAAUUCAUGACAUAAAUAAGAUUUGUUGAAGGACUGGAUAAUGCUAUGCUGAGAAGAACAGGUGAAAUGAAUAGCUGGUUUAAUCAUUUCAACUAGAAGAGUUGCAAUAGCAUAGUGUUGUCGAUGUAUUCAAUGUUGUAGUAGUUUGUUUGUGUUUUGUAUUGUGUUUGCGAUGUAGCCAUUGGAGUUUCUAAAUUACUUAUGCACAUUGUACUAUUAAAGAACGGUGCUGACACAUUGAAACCGUAGACUAACAUUGCAUCGAGGAUCUGCUGACUUGCUUUCAUUAAAUGGAUCCUCUCGUUUGGCAACA